CGCGGAUCCCCGAGCGGGGCCGCGGCCGAGGCGCACGGGGGUGACAGCCGGGCGGUGUUGUGGUUGCGGAGGCGGCGGCACGUGCGGGGGUGGUGACUGCCGGGCUGUCAGCCUCGGUCCGGGCCGCUGUCAACCCUCGCGCCGGGGACGGAGCUGCGGGAACUAAGGCUCGCUGCAGCCUGGGCCGGCCUGGAGCGCGGGGGGUUUUGGGGGACGCGGGGCGCAGGAGGACCUCGGCGCUGAAACUCCUUCACGUGAUUUCAUUGUUAACUUUAACUCCUCGGGUUCUGUUCCCGUCGCGCGAGCGGGCAGCCCGUUGGCAGGCAGCUGGGGGUGCUGCCGUUGCAAGUUUUAUUAUUUUUUAAAAAGUUUCUUUGCUGUGUAAGAAGAGAGCGUGCAGAGGCUUUUGCAGGGGCCGGGAGCGGGGUGCGCGCUGCGGCCUCAGGUGCACUUUCCUCGGAGCCGCGGUUCUAGUCCGCGGCACCGCGCCUCCGGAAGACCCCCGGAGACUCGGCCCUGAGAGAGACAAUGAGUAGCUGUCAUUCAUUGUGGCACCUCUGUCCCCGGUCUGUCCGGACCGCUCAUGUGGCAACCCCGCACCUGGCCUACCGCUGCGGUCUGUGGAGUGAUCUUUCUUUGGAGCGGUCCUGUGAGAUACCGACCUUCUUUGAGACCCUCGCCAAAGGAUUUCCUUGUGCAGAAGUUAGUUUCACGAUGAAUUUCACCUGAGCCUUUUUGUCCUGCUCGGAGGCAAUAGUUCUGGCUCUUGGCUAGUGUCUGCACUCUUUUGACUUUAAUGUCACCUUUAAGAACAGUUGUUGUUGUUGCCAGCCUCCUAGCCCCAUGUGCUUGCAAUGUAAGUGUUCUCCAGAACAAUUGCCAAAGUUCCAGAAAACACAGCUUAACUUUUGGAGGCCUAGGACUUGGCUAUUUUUGAAAUGCAUCACUAAAAGUGAGUUCAGGAAAACUCAGGUUUGUCAGAUUUUGUGUGAAAGAGUGUGAACUCUGACCCAGGGAGACAGUCUCAUUGUAUGUCUGUAUGCUGAUUCUUUAUCCAUGGAUGUGCAUUUCAGGACAGCAGCCUGGUGUCACAGCAGCAGGAGCAGCAGCAGCCAGCGUUAUUUCUUUUGGUGUGUACCUGGAGGCUUAUAGGAUGGACUUGUGCGUCCCCUCCCCCCGCAGUGAUGCUGGGUCUUUCUUUUUGUAGAUUGCUGAGGAACAAUUACAGCCUCCACUCUGUGGGUCUCAGUAGCUUAGGGUUGUGUUACCAGCAUGUAAUAGUUCAACUAUGAAGCAAAUUGGACGAUUUGACAAUUCUUUAAGCACUGUCCCAGCAGAUGGGUGGCACAUGUUUUUCCAUUUUGGUAAGUUCACUAACGCAGUACGGUACGUAGAACACGACCAUGGUCUGAGUGAAUUGUGGUGGUCGUGCUUAGCGGGUUUCUGCGUAUGUUAUUAACUGUCUCAUCCACUCUGAGUGUCUGGAGUUGUGAAGGAUGAGAGAUUCAUUCUUGUCUCCUUGCAGAGUUCUGGCUGCUAACCCCCCAUACUUGCUGAAGUGCUGAAGAGCUUCUUUGGGAAGCGUGUCGAGGAGGAGGUGAAGUCCGUGGACGGCAUAGGAUGCAUGUUUUUCCACCCUGAAGCUGGGAAUGAGUCGUGUCGGGUGCUUGCAGCUUGAUGAAGAGCCCCACGCGUGGUGCCGUUGGGCACUUUGAAGGUGUUUCAAGUGACAGGCUGUUUACGUUUCUGAAGUCAGAGGGCAGAGGUAUUCCGUUGUGUGAGGACACGAGGAAGGACUCAGGCCAGCAAACGUGUAUGCUAUGGUUAACUGGCCCCCAGCCUCCGAGAGUCUUGAUUUCCAUGGUGUGAGACUGACGCAGCAUCAGGAUAAGGGAUAGCGACUCUAUGGAUAUACAGCAUCCUUCACCAUGGUAAAACUCGCUAACCCGCUGUAUACCGAGUGGAUUUUGGAGGCCAUCAAGAAAGUCAAGAAGCAGAAACAGCGUCCUUCGGAGGAAAGGAUAUGCAACGCGGUGUCGUCCUCCCAUGGCUUGGAUCGGAAAACUGUCCUAGAGCAAUUGGAGUUGAGCGUUAAAGAUGGAACAAUUUUAAAAGUCUCAAAUAAAGGACUCAAUUCCUAUAAAGAUCCUGAUAAUCCUGGGCGAAUAGCACUUCCCAAACCUCGAAACCAUGGAAAAUUGGAGAGUAAACAAAAUGUGGAUUGGAAUAAACUGAUAAAAAGGGCAUUUGAGGGCUUGGCGGAGUCUGGGGGCUCAACUUUGAAAAGUAUUGAGCGGUUUCUGAAAGGUCAGAAAGAUGUGUCCGCGUUAUUUGGAGGCGGGGCCGCCUCUGGCUUUCACCAGCAGCUACGAUUGGCUAUCAAGCGCGCCGUGGGCCAUGGCCGCCUCCUCAAAGAUGGACCUCUUUACCGGCUCAGCACGAAAGCAGGCGGCGUGGAGGGGAAGGCGGCCUGCGAGUCUCUCUCCUGUUUGCCUCCCGUGGCACUCCUUCCACAUGAAAAGGAUAAGCCGGUUGCUGAACCAAUCCCCAUCUGUAGUUUCUGUCUUGGUACAAAAGAACAAAACCGAGAGAAGAAGCCGGAGGAACUCAUCUCGUGCGCCGACUGCGGCAACAGUGGUCAUCCAUCUUGCUUAAAGUUUUCCCCUGAGUUAACGCUCAGAGUGAAGGCCUUGCGGUGGCAGUGCAUCGAGUGCAAAACGUGCAGUUCCUGUCGAGAUCAAGGCAAAAAUGCAGAUAACAUGCUCUUUUGUGAUUCGUGUGACCGAGGCUUCCACAUGGAGUGCUGUGAUCCACCACUUACACGAAUGCCAAAAGGCAUGUGGAUAUGUCAAAUAUGUCGGCCUAGGAAAAAAGGACGGAAACUUCUACAAAAGAAGGCAGCACAGAUAAAACGGCGCUAUGCUAAUCCAAUAGGACGUCCAAAAAACAGGUUAAAGAAACAAAACACGGUGUCAAAAGGUCCCUUCAGCAAGGUUCGAACUGGCCCUGGAAGGGGACGGAAACGGAGACUCACUCUCUCGGGCCAGUCUGCGUCAUCCUCAGAAGAAGGUUAUCUAGAGCGGAUAGAUGGCUUGGACUUCUGCAGAGAGAGCAAUGCGCCCCUCAAGUUCAACAAGAAAACCAAAGGGCUCAUCGAUGGCCUUACCAAAUUCUUCACCCCCUCUCCCGACGGGCGGAAGCCCCGGGGGGAGGUGGUAGACUACUCGGAGCAAUACAGAAUCAGGAGAAAGGGCAGCAGGAAAUCGAGCACUUCAGAAUGGCCCGCAGACAAUCAGGAUGGCUGGGAUGGCAAACCGGAGAGUGAGGAGCGGCUCUUUGGGAGUCAGGAGAUCAUGACCGAAAAAGACAUGGAAUUGUUCCGUGAUAUCCAGGAACAAGCACUGCAGAAAGUUGGAGUGACUGGUCCCCCUGAUCCACAAGUCCGCUGUCCCUCAGUCAUUGAAUUUGGGAAGUAUGAGAUCCACACCUGGUACUCCUCCCCAUAUCCUCAAGAAUACUCCAGGCUGCCUAAAUUGUAUCUGUGUGAAUUCUGUCUAAAAUAUAUGAAAAGCAGAACUAUUCUGCAGCAGCACAUGAAGAAGUGUGGCUGGUUCCAUCCACCUGCCAAUGAGAUUUACCGCAAGAACAAUAUUUCUGUCUUUGAGGUUGAUGGGAACGUGAGUACCAUUUAUUGUCAAAACCUGUGUCUCUUGGCAAAGUUGUUUCUUGACCACAAAACACUCUAUUACGACGUGGAGCCAUUUCUUUUUUAUGUACUAACGCAGAAUGAUGUCAAGGGCUGCCACCUGGUUGGCUACUUUUCUAAAGAAAAGCACUGCCAACAGAAAUACAACGUCUCUUGUAUAAUGAUUCUCCCACAAUACCAGCGCAAGGGCUAUGGCAGGUUUCUCAUCGAUUUCAGUUAUUUGUUAUCAAAACGUGAAGGCCAGGCAGGGUCUCCAGAGAAACCAUUGUCGGACCUAGGCCGACUUUCCUACAUGGCUUAUUGGAAAAGUGUAAUACUGGAGUGCCUUUAUCAUCAAAAUGACAAGCAAAUCAGCAUUAAGAAGCUAAGUAAGUUGACUGGAAUCUGCCCUCAAGACAUAACGUCCACACUCCACCACCUGCGAAUGCUGGACUUCCGCAGUGACCAAUUUGUGAUCAUCCGCCGGGAAAAGCUUAUCCAGGAUCACAUGGCCAAGCUCCAGCUCAAUUUGCGACCUGUGGAUGUAGACCCCGAGUGUCUGCGCUGGACCCCUGUCAUCGUCUCCAACUCCGUCGUCUCAGAGGACGAGGAGGAGGAGGAGGAAGAGGAGGAGGAGGACGCUGAGGAGGGGGACAGCGAAGAGGCCCAGGGCCGCAGAAGAGAGCUGGAGAUCAGUGUGGGGAAGUCUGCCACUCGAGAGAGUAAAGAGCAAGAUUGUUACUCUUCGGUAGAAAGUGAGAAGAAGCCGGAAGUAGCCCCCGCUGCCAACUCUGCCCGCUUGAGCAAGCAAGCCCUGGCCCGGGACGUGCUCCCAGCCAACAGCCAGCCACCUCGAAGGGGCCGUUGUGGGCGCAAGAGCCGCAGGACGCAGGACCGGUUCGGAGAGCAGGAAUGCAAGCUGCUGGCAGAGGAGAGCCCAGCGGCACCCCCGGAGCAGUAUGCUGCCCAGUGCGAGGAGAAGCCAGAGGCACCCCAUGAGCCACGCCCCACUCCCGAGGAGCCACCCCCCACCUGCCGUGAGCAGCCCCGUCAGGGCCAGGACCGGAAGCCCGAGGCACCCAAAAGGAGACUGAGUGAGGGCGUGGAGCUGUGGCGAGCCCAGCUCCAGAAAAGCCCAGAGGCUCUCAAGUGCAGGGAAGGGACAGACCGGCUGCCUCGGCGCUACAGUGACGGUGACCGGGCCCUCCUUAGGGGCUUCAGUGAGAGCAGCGAGGAGGAGGAGCCCGAGAGCCCGCGCUCCAGCUCGCCUCCAGUUCUCACCAAGCCCACCCUGAAGCGGAAGAAACCGAUUCUUCACCGAAGAAGGCGAGUCAGAAAGCGCAAGCACCACAACAGCAGCGUCGUCACAGAAACCAUCUCUGAGACCACAGAGGUGCUGGAUGAGCCUUUCGAAGACUCGGACUCUGAGAGGCCAAUGCCAAGGCUAGAACCCACGUUUGAAAUUGAUGAAGAGGAGGAGGAAGAGGAUGAAAGCGAACCCUUCCACAGAGGAUACUUUCAUCGUCUGUCCUCACAAGACGUUCUCAGGGGCCGAUCCUCUACUAAGAGGAAGUCUAAAGAUGAAGAAGAUGAUGAAGAGUCAGAUGAUGCUGAAGACACUCCUAUCCUAAAGCCAGUAUCUCUCUUGCGAAAAUGUGACAUGAAGAACUCUCCACUUGAGCCAGAUACAUCCACACCAAUGAAAAAGAAAAAGGGGUGGCCCAAAGGCAAGAGCCGCAAACCGAUCCACUGGAAGAAGAGACCUGGUAGGAAGCCAGGGUUUAAGCUGAACAGGGACACCCUGCCCAUGUCUACGCAGGAGUGUGUUGUCGAGCCCAUCGUCCCCCUUCUGAAAGCUGGGCGCAAACCCAAGAUGCAAGAGCACGAGGACCCCGCUGAGCCAAAGGAUGACUUGCUCUCAUCUGAAGAGAGGAAGGAGGAAGAAGAAGAGCAAGCCGAUGUAGAAGAGGCUGGAGAGGGAGAAGAGGAGGACACAACUGGCAGCGAGGUGAGAGCAGUUUCCCCAGCCGACAGCAGCCACAGCCCCGAGAGCGCUGCCAAAGAGCCAGAGGCUGAGGAGGAGGAGGAGGAAGAAGAGGAGGAUGAGGAAGAGGAGGAGAAGCCACAUGCCCCGGAGGAGCAGAGGCUGUCGGAGGAGGAGCAGCAGGAGCCGGAGGAUGAGGAGGAUGUGGCUGCUGAGACAAGCCAGCACGAGGACCACGACGCGGAUGAUGAGGAGGAUGGGCACCUGGAACCUGCCCAGAAGCCGGAGUUGGAAGAGCAGGCCCUGCGGGAGGAUGUCAAGGAGGAGCCCGGCGGCUCAGAGCCUUUUUUAGACCCUGAUGCACAAAACAGUGGGGCAACUCCAAAGGAGAAAGAUGAGACCGAGCCGGAGUCCGAGGAGGAGCAGCCUUCCCACGAGACAUCCGUGGUGUCUGAGCACGUGCCAGGGUCCGAGGAUGACCACGAGGAGGACACCCAUGGCAAGGAAGAGCUGGUAGAGCUCAAGGAGGAACAGGAGAUGACACACAGUGAGUUGGACCUGGAGACCGUGCAAGCCGUGCAGUCCUUGACUCAAGAAGAGAGCAGCGAGCACGAGGGGGCCUACCAGGACUGCGAGGAGACCCUGGCUGCCUGCCAGACCCUGCAGAGUUACACCCAGGCCGAGGAGGACCCACCCAUGUCCAUGGUGGAGGACUGCCAUGCCUCCGAACACAACAGCCCCAUCUCCUCUGUUCAGUCUCACCCCAGCCAGUCGGUCCGUUCAGUCAGCAGUCCCAACGUGCCUGCCCUGGAGGGUGGCUACACCCAGAUCAGCCCGGAGCAAGGGUCCCUGUCCGCACCUUCUAUGCAGAACAUGGAGACCAGCCCCAUGAUGGAUGUGCCUUCCGUAUCAGACCACUCUCAGCAGGUGGUGGACAGUGGGUUCAGCGACCUGGGCAGCAUUGAGAGCACCACGGAGAACUACGAGAAUCCCAGCAGCUACGACUCCACGAUGGGCGGCAGCAUCUGUGGCAACAGCUCCUCGCAGAGCAGCUGCUCCUACAGCGGGCUGUCUUCCUCCAGCAGCCUCACGCAGAACAGCUGUGUGGUCACUCAGCAAAUGGCCAACAUGGGCAGCAGUUGUAGCAUGCUACAGCAGAACAGCGUGCAGCCUGCUGCCAACUGCAACAUCAAGUCCCCACAGACCUGUGUGGUCGAGAGGCCUCCCAGCAACCAGCAGCCGCCACAGCCCCCGCCACCACAGCAGCCGCCACCAGCACCACAGCCACCACCCCCCCAGCAGCCGCCACCACAGCCCCAGCCGCCUCCCCAGCCACCACAGCCCCAGCCGCCGCAGCCACCUCCUCCCCAACAGCAGGCCCCUCUGUCACAGUGUAGCAUGAACAACAGUUUCACUCCAGCCCCCAUGAUCAUGGAGAUACCAGAAUCUGGAAGCACGGGAAACAUCAGCAUCUACGAGAGGAUCCCAGGGGACUUCGGCGCCGGCAGCUACUCUCAACCGUCAGCCACCUUUAGUUUAGCCAAGUUGCAGCAGCUCACUAACACCAUUAUGGACCCACAUGCCAUGCCUUAUAGCCAUUCUCCUGCUGUGACUUCCUAUGCAACCAGUGUUUCUUUGUCUAACACGGGACUGGCUCAGCUGGCUCCAUCGCACCCAUUGGCUGGGACCCCUCAAGCACAAGCCACCAUGACGCCACCCCCAAACCUGGCAUCCACCACCAUGAACCUCACGUCCCCUCUGCUGCAGUGCAACAUGCCUGCCACCAACAUCGGCAUUCCUCACACUCAGAGGUUGCAAGGGCAAAUGCCCGUCAAGGGGCAUAUUUCCAUCCGCUCCAAGUCAGCGCCGCUGCCCUCAGCCGCGGCACACCAGCAGCAGCUGUACGGCCGCAGUCCACCAGCGGUGGCCAUGCAGGCCAGCCCUCGUGCGUUGGCUGUGCAGCGUGGCAUGAAUGUGGGGGUCAACCUAAUGCCCACCCCCGCCUAUAAUGUCAAUUCCAUGAAUAUGAACACCCUGAACGCCAUGAACAGCUAUCGAAUGACACAGCCCAUGAUGAACAGCAGUUACCAUAGUAACCCUGCCUACAUGAACCAGACAGCACAGUAUCCUAUGCAGAUGCAGAUGGGGAUGAUGGGGAGCCAGGCCUAUACCCAGCAGCCUAUGCAGCCAAACCCUCACGGGAACAUGAUGUACACUGGCCCCUCCCAUCACAGCUACAUGAACACUGCUGGAGUUCCCAAGCAGCCACUCAACGGACCUUACAUGAGAAGAUGAGCAAGGCGGACUUGCAGCUAAAGCUUAAAAUAUAUAUAAAUAAAGGAACCUUUUAUACUGACAAACCAGAGAAAAGCGGACCUUUUUUCCAGUUAAAAUAUUGCUGUAGAUUUAGAGAAAAUUUUCUUUGGUUUAUUUUAUUUUUUAGAAAACCUGAUCUCUUUUUGGGUUCAUUUUGUUCUGGGUUUUGGUUCUCUUCACAAUCGUGAACAUUUUACAGUAGAACUCAUCUAAAAAAUGGAUUUGGGGACAGGGGAAACAUGCACAAAACCUUUUCAUAAUUAAAAAGAGCCUUACUUUCUUUCCACGCCCCGUGGCCGGAACUCGUGCACACGGGCAUGACCUUUGUUUCCUUGGAAGCCGUGUGUUUCCGCUCACUGUCGCAGCUCCCGAUGUUGUCCUGUUGAAAUGUCACAUACACAUCCCGAGGGUUAGCCAGGCCCUUUCCUCCAGGCCCAGCCUGUCCUUCCCGACUUCAUUCCAGCAGGAGGCACUUCUGGGAGACUUGGGCUGGCCCCAGGAGAGCAACCCAAGCUCCUUACACUGAUUCUUAUUGUGAAUAUUAUUAUUCAUAAAAUGAAGCAGGAAAACGCUUCUCCUUUGAAAAACCCCUCCACUCCCUACACACACAUACACACUCCCUCCCUCCCGCUCUUGAGACUUCUCCCCCAGGAAUAAUUCUUUUAUAGACGGACUAAAUAGAAAUUCUUGAAUCAAGUGUCAUAUAAUUUCUUCCUCUUCCUCUUGUCUAAUAUUCCCACUCAGCACUCAGACACAGGAAUACCCCAAGUGUCCACGAACCUCUGGGUCUCAGAGGGAAGCUGCUGGUGGUCCUCACCCAGCCCUUCCAGGGAACCUGGAGGCGCCCCCUGCCGGCCAUGCAGGACACUCCACGCUGCGCCUCCUGGGUGCAGCGUGUGCUCCAAACUGCCUCUCCCUCUGAUGCGACUCACACAGCAGCCCCCACCCCACCCUACCAUGCGCCACGGAGGCUCGGCGGAUGGCUGUAUGUUCCAGAGAUUUGAACAAAAGCCACCCACACACCUUGCGUGGCAGACCUGUGUCAGGAGGGAGGUUGUGGUGCUGAGUUGUGUAACUUACUCCAGUGACACCUGCGUCUCGUCAUCAUUUGUCCCUUGAGAUCCUGAGUUCAAUGCCCCGUGACUGAGUGCUCCGGCCACUCUCCUGGGAGUGGCCAGUGACCACCACCAGCAGGGGAGGGCAAAUCUGGGUGUCCAAUUCUAGCAGGUCCGUGUGUGGCGCCCGGGCCUUCCCUUUUAUCCUGUGCAACCAGUUCGCCCGUUCUCUUCCUAUGACUUGCUCCAGGAAUAGGUAUCAGAACCUAUAUCUGUACGUGUAUGUGUUUAUACACUCCAUCAUUAGAAGAUGGAACGUAUUAUACCACUUGGUAUGUGCAGUCAGAUAUCCAAAAGGGGGAGGUACUGCUUCAAGAAAUACCUGUAAGCGUUCAAUUCUCUCCUUUAUUUGUACAUUUUAUAUAGAUAAAUUUUUAAAGUACUAAUUAGGCACUCGAUUUUUUCCAAUGCACAGGUUUGUUGAUUUUUUUAAUACACUUCAAUUGACUUUCUCAAUUAAGUGUGCUAGGUAGACAAAGGCGGAAUCCCACACCUUGGCGCCGUGGACCCCGAGCAUGCGCAGGGCUGCGUAGGCCCCGGUCUGUCUGUAUAUACUCUUCCAGUGCCCUGUCAUCUCUGUAGAAAGUGCACCGUGCACUCUCUCCCAUUGCUUCCCGAUGGGGUGGGGUGGGGACGGGCGGGGGUGGGGGGCUGUGUCGGGAGGAGGGGGGUCAGGCAGAAGGAGCUGUUGAGAGGAGGGCCGUGUGUUCAGUUUCUGUUGGUUUGCAGUUGUGUUUGGUUUUGUUUCUUUAAAUAAGGAAAAAAAAAAUUUCAAUCAGGCAGCUCCCUUUUCCACAAGCCUCUUUGUGACUGUAGAACUAUUGUAGAAAAAAAAAUGUUCUUUUCUAUAUUAUAAAAGAAAUUAUCCAACACAGUAAUAUUGGUACCUGUCAUUUUUUCACUUCUGUUUUAAAAAAAUGUAUUUUUAGCAAGAUAACUUGGGUAAUCUUCUAAAAAAGAAAUUUAAAAACUCACUGUUAGUGACUUUGAUGCCUUUUAAAAUAAGAGCUUUUUCAUUUCAUUCCAUCUUUAAAAUUUUUUAUCUUUGUUGUAGAAUAUUAAAAACUAUUUUAAGAAAGAUAAAAAUUCUCUUUAAAGAGAUCUCUAGAGUGUGAAUAGAGCUCCAGACGCCUCUAAAAGCCGCAUGUACAAACGAAGCCAAGUCUAUCCCUGUCUGUCUAUAUUUGCUUUUCCUGUUUUGUAACCUCUUUGUACUCCGUUCCUGGUGACUUGUCAGCCGAGGGGAAGGGUGCCCAGAUGCCGUGCUGUCUCUCCAUGCCAUGUGCUCCUGGGCCUGUUGGCCUCCCUUCCCCUCCUUGUAUGUAAUAUCUUUCCCCACCCCCUUUCUAGCAAGUACUUUCAAAAGAACUCUGUACAUUUUAACAUAAAAAAAAAUAAAUUAUGUUGAGCCAUUUUGGA